AUGUCAGGAACAUCCGGACAAAAUCCGAUAAUAAUACAGAAGGAAGGAAAUUCUCUUUCCCAGUUUCAGUGUCCAAUUCUGAAACCAACAAACUAUACGGUUUGGGCUAUUCGUAUCAAGACGAUCCUUGAAGCGAAUGCAAUACCAGAAGAUGUUGUAUUGCAAGUUGCAAGUUGUAAGACUGCAAAAGAAAUUUGGGAUAAUCUAAAGGUUAGACACGUUGGUGUUGAUCGGGUACAAAAGGCGCGUAUGCACACGCUAUUGUCAGAAUUUGAAUUGUUGCAAAUGAAGGAUGAAGACACUAUUGAUUCGUUUACCGCAAAGAUUAAUAGUAUCGUUACCCGGGCAACUGAAGUAGGAACGACAUUGAGUCAACCGACUCUAGUACGCAAACUCCUAAAUGGCGUACCGGAUAAGUUUACUCAAAUCGUUGCCUCCAUGGAACAAUACUCCGAUCUAGAAACUAUGACGCUAGAAGAAGCGGUCGGAAGAUUAAAGACGUAUGAAGAACGACUAAGGAUAAAGAAAGGAAAUCAAGGAGAAAGCCAAGAUAGGCUUAUGUUCACACAUCAUGAUAACACCAGAGGAAGACAAUCUGGAAACCGCGGUCGUGGUAGAUUUAACCAAACGCGUGGAAAUUGGCGAAACAACGGAAAUAGGCAAAGUCCCAGAAACGAAGGAUCUACAUCUAGAUCUAAAAAUGGAAAUUCUAGAAAUUGGAGGAAAUUUGCAAGAACCGACCUAAGUAAGAUCCAAUGUUUUAAGUGUCAGAAGUUUGGACACUUCAAGAAGAACUGUUCUGAGAAAGACGAAGUACAAGAACAUUCAAACCUCGUCGAGGAAGACGAAGCACCAGUAUUGCUAAUGGCAAUACAGGAAGAAAACGUUGUUCAAGAAAGGGUUCUACUAAACGAAGAACGUACCAACAAGUUACGCCUCAAUAGAUGA